AUGUGUGCCCAAAUGUCCACUCAGGAAAUCCAAAGCGAAAUCGAGGAAGACUCAUCCAAGAGCACUUCUUCGCCUGAUGAGGGCCAAGAACUCUGCUACCAAAUGGACUCUGCGUUCAACAGCGCCCGUCGGAGCUACAGCGCAUCUCCUAGUUUCUAUCGCACCUGGGAGGCCGACAAUUCAUCAUCUUGCUCAUCCUCGAGAUCCUCGUGUACCUCUUCAAGCUCGCCAACGAACUCCCCGCAGCUCUAUCCUGACACUUUUCCAGUCCUGCAUCAAGAAGUCGACUCUCGAGCUCUCAUCCUUCAGCAUCUCGCCGCUCACAUCAACACUACAAGCCAAGCUUAA